CGCAUCGCUGAACUCCUGGGUUUGGACAAAAAUGCCCUGGACUUUAGCCCAGUAGAAGAGACCAAAGCAGAGGCGGCAUCUCUGGUGUCAUGGCUAAGUUCCAUCGACAUGAAGUACCAUAUUUGGAAGCUGGGGUGGUUUUCACGGACAAUUCCUUUCUCUACCUUGCCUGGUAUACAACCAUGUCUGUCCUGGGCCACUACAACAACUUCUUCUUUGCUGCUCAUCUGUUGGAUAUUGCAAUCUUUAAGACCUUGAGGACCAUCCUGUCAUCUGUAACUCACAAUGGCAAACAGCUGGUUCUGACCGUUGGCCUCCUGGCUGUGGUCGUUUACCUCUAUACUGUGGUGGCUUUCAACUUCUUCCGCAAGUUCUAUAACAAAAGUGAGGAUGAUGACGAGCCGGAUAUGAAGUGUGACGACAUGAUGACAUGCUACCUCUUCCACAUGUAUGUGGGAGUGAGAGCGGGUGGCGGCAUUGGUGAUGAAAUUGAAGACCCCGCCGGUGACCCUUAUGAAAUGUAUCGCAUCGUCUUUGACAUUACCUUCUUCUUCUUCGUCAUUGUCAUCCUGCUGGCCAUCAUUCAAGGUCUGAUUAUUGAUGCUUUCGGAGAGCUGAGAGACCAGCAGGAACAAGUACGUGAAGACAUGGAGACCAAAUGCUUCAUCUGUGGCAUUGGCAAUGACUACUUUGACACAACCCCUCACGGUUUUGAAACACAUACGCUGCAGGAGCACAACUUAGCCAAUUACCUAUUCUUUCUGAUGUAUUUGAUUAACAAGGAUGAAACAGAACACACGGGUCAGGAAUCUUACGUGUGGAAGAUGUACCAGGAAAGGUGCUGGGACUUCUUCCCAGCUGGCGACUGCUUUCGUAAGCAAUACGAAGAUCAGCUCGGAUAAGUCUGAGUUCAAGACGAGCCAUGAUUCUGGACAGUCACCUU